UCAUCCAUGCAAGGUAAGUGACCCCACCUUCUUCCAAGCCUCAAAAUUCAAGUUGCAUAUAAUGAAGAAAGAAUAGUGUUGCAAAUUGCUUAAGCUUUUCCAAAUCUCAUUCACCAGUUGAGAAAGAAAAGUUCCUUGUGGGAUCAUGGCAACAACCAGAAGAUAUGAGUUUGGAACCAAUGAGGCUAGUCACCCAGACUCUAUCAGAGCAACCAUAGCUGAAUUCAUCUCCACUUGCAUCUUUGUCUUUGUUGGAGAAGGCUCAGUCCUUGCUUUGAAACAAAUUUACAAGGAACCAGGGUCAUCAGCAGCUGAGCUAGUGGUAAUUGCAGUGGCUCAUGCCUUUGCUCUAUUUGCUGCUAUUGCUGCAAGUGCACAUGUUUCUGGUGGACACUUGAACCCUGCUGUCACUUUUGGUGCUCUUCUUGGUGGAAGGAUCUCUGUCCUUAAAGCGAUUUACUACUGGGUUGCUCAAAUCCUUGGUUCUGUUGUUGCUGCUCUCUUGUUGAGACUUGUCACUAACAACAUGAGACCAGAGGGAUUCAGUUUAUCAGUUGGGGUUGGAGCACUUCAUGGUCUUAUACUUGAAAUUGGUCUCACAUUUGGUCUGAUGUACACUGUCUAUGCCACUGCUAUGGAUCCUAAAAGGGGUGCAAUCAGCACAGUUGCACCCUUAGCCAUUGGACUGGUGGUAGGAGCAAACAUCCUGGCUGGUGGACCUUUUGAUGGAGCAUGCAUGAACCCUGCUCGGGCUUUUGGGCCUGCAUUGGUGGGCUGGAGGUGGGAGAACCACUGGAUCUUCUGGGUGGGUCCAUUACUUGGGGCAGCCCUAGCAGCAGUCCUGUAUGAAUUCGUUGUUAUCCCAAUUGAGCCUCCUCCUCAUCAACCUUUGCCUGCUGAAGAGUACUAGUUCAUUUGGGUGUUAUGAAAUAGGUUUAAUUAACCUAAGCUCAUGCCUCUAUUACUGUUUCUUCUUGUGUUUAUGAGUUUAUCACUGCUUUUAUGCAUUUUUCUUUGAUGUUGGUUUGGACUUUGGAGUAUCAACACUAAGAACUUGUUUAGUGUGUAGAUGUUUUACUCCAUCAGUAUGCUGAAUGAAUAAAGUGAGAUCCCUAAUCACUUACAUGCUUCAAAAUAAAGACAAUUCAAAGAUAUCAUCUUUGAGCCUUUUGUCUAUGAAAGCAAAUUUGUGGCACCUUAGUUUCAA